AUGGACACCUCGACCGGAUUCAUCAAAUUACCCACAGCUGCUUAUUCAGCGUGUUUACCAGAUAUAGCGCAAAAGUUCAAUAACCAUAAUUGGCUGGGUGAACGAGCAAUAUUGGCAGGGAAAAUAAAGAUGUCGAGGAUCUCAAUAGGACCAUUGGUUUCCUUCAAAUUAGACGACACCGUUAUGAACCAGGAUGACGUAGUCAACUAUCCCACGGAGUUUUUAAAUUCACUGGAAUUGCCUGGAAUACCAUCUCAAAAUUUGCAGUUAAAAGUAGGAUCAGUUGUCAUCAUACUGCGUAACAUGAUUCAACCUCGACUAUGCAAUGGAACAAGCCUUUACAGCAAAGGCAUUAAGGCAACAAUCAUAAAAGGAAAAUACAGAAGAGGAUGUCUUGAUCCCACGAAUACCGAUGAUACCAACAAAUUUACCAUUCGAUAUUAA